AUGGCCCCUCAUCCAGAAAAACGAAACACCCGAGAAGUUGGGUGGCAAGACCUAGUGCAAAAAGUCGAACGAACGGGGCCACAAGCUAUCAAGAAAGAGCGAACACAACCUCCUCUCAAGUCUCCACAAGCUGGGGAGCGAAAACGAAAACGAAAGCAAUCCCAAGAACCUGAAGGUCCAUCCAACCCUGCUCUAUUCCAGCCCCUUCGAAAGCAACGACGGACGUCCCCUGCUGUUAAGGACACAUCUGGCCAGGGGCUAACGGGCGGCGUCAACAAUAACAAAACCAAUCCGAUUGAGUAUUGGAGCGAAGAGGGAUACUGGCCUAAGGAAUAUUUCAACCAAGACGAUCAGACUACAAAACAUUUCAAAAAAUACAACGGAAUACCCUGGGUGAUGGGGUUGGAUUACCUGCUUGCAAGGAAGAAGUCGUCUCCCGGAGGUAAACAAUCUGAAGCUAGCACUGCCACACCCAGUUCUGCAACAGCUAGCGAUGAGAAGCCGAGGGAAACCAGAGGUACCCCAUAUAAGCAUGCUAGCUAUGAGACUAUUCUUGCUACUAAGGGCAGCUUUAUAAACAAAAUCGAUAAGGAUAUUAAAAAGGCAAGUAGUAGCCUUUGUCAAACCUUGCUCUAUUCAGAGCAGACAUAUCCUCAGAACUCGUUAUUUCGCGACGAUCUAUUCGAUACAACUUGCCAAAACAUUUGCAAUAGAAACGAGGCUAUGGUUGUUCGAGAUAUCUCACAGCUAAUUGUCCCUUCUGCCCAAACUCUAGCGUUAUACGGCGCUACUACUCUCGAUUGUUUAAUUGAAAGUGUUAGUGAAGGCUGGAAUAGCGCCGAGCCUUUCUGCGGUCCUAGCCCACAGCCCGAUUAUUCUGUGGGGUUCGGACGAUCUGCAUUCACGGACGAUCAGCUAGAAAAGCUUAAGCCUUUUGUCGGUGAGGUUCCAAAUGCUUUUACGUCCCAUUUCAUGGCUACGUGGCAGAUAUACUUCCCGUUCCUAACCUGCGAGGUUAAGUGCGGUGCCGUAGGACUUAAUAUUGCAGACCGGCAGAAUGCUCACAGCAUGACUUUGGCUGUAAGGGGUGUUAUUGGGCUCUUUAAACUUGCAAAGCGCGAAAAAGAACUUGACCGAAAUAUCCUCGCCUUCUCUAUCUCACACGACCACCGAACAGUAAGAAUCUACGGCCACUACCCUGUAAUCGACGGAAACAAAACCACCUUCUACCGCUAUCCGAUCAAGACGUUCGAUUUCACAAGCGAAGCCGGCAAGGACAAGUGGACCUCUUACAGAUUCACUAAAAAUGUCUACGAUAUAUGGAUGCCGACUCACUUAAAAAAAAUCUGCUCAGUUAUCGAUACGUUGCUGCCCGAUCUGGAUAUUGUGUCCUCACGGGAAACUGGGUCAGAGGGAUCUGGACCUUUACAGGAGUUAGAAAGCCACAAUCUCUCGGGGAUUUCAAAUCAGGAUACCACAUCUCUGCUAGAGGAAGCUGACAGUCAAUCAAGCUGUGUUGCAGACGUUGCCCCGGAGGCUUCCGUAUCUCAGAGGAUGGAUUAA